CAGAAGAGAAGACACACACGUCGAGAACCUCCCGUCCGCUUAACGAACGGCGUCCCCGUUCGUGUGAAUGGUGCACCAGUCACGUCGAACCAGCUUAACUCAAGAAGCGUUGAAAAGGUACUAACAUGGAACUGUGGCAGGCUCUACGAUCUAUCAUGGAGGGCUAGAAACUCUGGGUGUCCCGUUUACCUUCUUACCUUAUGUCCGAAAACGUGGUCUGAAGAAGUGAAUACUCAUACGUCCUCCUUCCACAUAAUGACUUUCUUCGAGCUCACUGAAAUAAUACAAGCAGAGAAUGGUUCAAAACACAGUCAAAGGCCAUCACCGGCGUCGCGCUACGACCAGUGUCCUCCCGAUAAGGACGAGCUCGGUCGUUCCACUUGGAAUCUUUUACACACGAUGAGUGUUUACUAUCCAGAAAAACCGACAGAGAUCAAAAACAGACGGUUUCUACGUUUAUGGAUAGCCUUGCAAAGACAUACCCAUGUGAUUAUUGCGCAAAAGAUUUGCGAAAAGUUCUGA